UUUCUAGAAAGAGGAGGUCUUGCGGGUUCUUCACGCAAGAAUAACACUUUGUUGCGUUUUUAGAGAGGAAGUACACAAGAAUAAAAGUAUGUUGCGUUUAGAAAGAGAGAGUAGUCAUUUGUGAUAGGAAUGACUUUUUCCUGUUUUAUUAAUUUUUUUUAGGGGAGAAGUACGUGAGUCCGCGAGAAAGAGUCACGUUAACAUUGGAGGGAAAAUAAAUAAAAAUUAUCUCUCUUAGCCAGGAAAUCGCAAUGAGAUGUUGAACUCAUUUUGAACCCACACAUAUAAUAUUUACCUAUUAAAAGUGAUUGUAACUAUCUUGUUCCAAUGAUAAACAGUUUUUUCCGGCUCUGACCCUACAGUGAAACAGUGGGGAGUGGUACAUCCCCUUUAAAUCAUAGUAUAGUGAUCUGCCCAAAAAAUAGUAUAAGACCAUCAAAUGCCAGCUUCUAUACCGAUUUCAAAAGAUACUGUAAAAAAAACAUCCCUCUUCUUUUCAAGCUUUAUAUGCACAUUGUGGCAGAGUACAUGAACAGAGUCCAAACUGCAAGAUCCAGAGUCUAGAAAGAGAAUACCGAUCCACAAUGGUUUCUCUCUCAUCGACUUUCUCUCUCCUCCUGUUCCUUCUCACAGUUCUUCUCUCACUAAAUCUGCCAUUCUCAGGUGCAGAUGGUGAAGAUGUGAAGGAAUGGUGUAUUGCUGAUUCUCAAUUCCCAAAUGAGCAGCUGCAGGCGGCCAUGGACUGGGCCUGCGGUCCAGGUGGGGCAGACUGCACCAAGAUCCAGCCAGGUGGCGAAUGCUAUAAACCAAAUACGGUUCUGGAUCAUGCUUCCUUUGCAUUCAACAGCUAUUGGCAAAAGUUCAAGAACCAGGGCGCCUCUUGCUACUUCAAUGCAGCUGCCUUCAUCUCUGAAGAGGACCCAAGUCAUCAAUCCUGUAAAUUUGAAUAUCUUCCGUGAUGAUCCAGUCAAAUUCCAUCUUCUGAUGUUUUUCUCUUCCAAAGGCGUUGAUCAAUCUGUCUCAAUUGUACCAAAUAAAUAUUGAGGUUAUAUUUUGAAACAUAUAUAGAAUGGGAGGAACAAAAAAUUAUCCUUCU